AUGAAGCUGCAGGCCGUAAUGGAGACCCUCCUGCAGCGGCAGCAGCGGGCACGCCAGGAGCUGGAGGCCCGGCAGCCCCCGCCGCCCCUGCCGCCCCCACCAGCUGAGCUCCCUGCUGGCCCCCCGGCCCGUGCCAGGGCCGCCCCGGAGGAGGACAGAGAGCCAGAGAAGGCCCGGAUGCAGCGGGCCCAGAUGGCUGCGCUGGCCGCCAUGCGGGCAGCGGCUGCAGGCCUCGGACCCGCACCCAGCCCCAGCGGCUCGGAGGAUGGGCCCCCCAGCUUGGAGGAUGAGGACACGGCCCAGGAAGGGGUGCCAGGCUCGCCUGCCCCACCUGGCCGAGGCAGGGAGGCACCGGGACACGCUGAAGGCGACGGGCACUUGGAGGAUGUGGGCUCCGAGGGCGACCUGAAGCCAAAAUGGGAGGAGGAGGACGACCUGGAGGAGGACCUCGAGGAGGAGGAGGAGGAGGAGGAGGAGGAAGAGGAAGAGGAGGAGGAGGACUUCGAGGGCGAGGAGGGGCUGGGGCCGCCCGGCUCUUCAGGUCUGGGCCCCGCAGCCCUCGUCCCCCGCAGGGCCCCGCCGUCCCAGGCCUUCCGUGGCGACAGCGGGCCCCGGGCGCUUGGCCAGGAGCGCCAGGGGGCCAGCCUGGCCCACUCCGGAGGGGCUGCCCACGGGGCGCCCCAGCUGCCGCCGCCCGACCACGGGGACUGGACCUACGAGGAGCAGUUCAAGCAGCUCUACGAACUGGACGGGGACCCCAAGAGGAAGGAGUUCCUGGAUGACUUGUUCAGUUUCAUGCAGAAGCGAGGGACGCCCGUGAACCGCAUUCCCAUCAUGGCCAAGCAGGUGCUUGACCUGUUCAUGCUGUACGUGCUGGUGACCGAAAAGGGCGGCCUGGUGGAGGUCAUCAACAAGAAGCUAUGGCGGGAGAUCACCAAGGGCCUCAACCUGCCCACGUCCAUCACCAGCGCUGCCUUCACCCUGCGGACCCAAUACAUGAAAUACCUGUAUCCCUAUGAGUGUGAGAAGCGCGGCCUCAGCAGUCCCAACGAGCUCCAGGCCGCCAUUGACAGCAACCGGCGGGAGGGCCGGCGCCAGAGCUUUGGGGGCUCUCUCUUUGCCUACUCGCCGGGCGGUGCCCACGGCAUGCUGUCCUCACCCAAGCUGCCCGUGCCCUCCCUGGGCCUUGCCACCAGCACCAACGGCAGCUCCAUCACCCCCGCUCCCAAGAUCAAGAAAGAGGAGGACUCAGCCAUCCCUAUCACGGUCCCCGGCCGCCUGCCAGUCUCCCUGGCGGGCCACCCCGUGGUGGCAGCCCAGGCGGCGGCCGUGCAGGCGGCGGCAGCCCAAGCAGCCGUGGCCGCACAGGCAGCUGCCCUGGAGCAGCUGCGGGAGAAGCUGGAGUCUGGGGAGCCUCCUGAGAAGAAGAUGGCCCUGGUGGCUGACGAGCAGCACCGGCUCAUGCAGCGAGCACUGCAACAGAAUUUCUUGGCCAUGACAGCCCAGCUGCCGAUGAGCAUUCGUAUCAACAGCCAAGCCUGUGAGAGCCGCCAGGACUCUGCCGCGAACUUGAGCAGUCCCAACGGCAGCAACAGCAUUAGCAUGUCCGUGGAGAUUAACGGGAUCAUGUACACAGGAGUGCUGUUUGCUCAGCCACCGGCGCCCGCACCACCCUCAGCUCCCAGCAAAGGCGGUGGCGGCAGCCGGGGAGGUAACAGCGGGACCAGCAGCAGCGCGGGCAGCCAGGCCGGGCCGGCGGGGUUGUCCACGCCUCCCACAUCUUCUACCUCAAAUAACUCAUUGCCUUAACCGCACCACUCCCCACCCGCCACCCCCACCCCAGGAGCCCGCCUGGGCGGGGGGCGGGGUCGAGGUGGGCCACGCAGGGGCCGGGACGGCGGAAGAUACGGGUGGGGAGGGGAGGUAUCCACGAAGGAGCCACAGCUAACGCCAA